AUGGUUGAUAAGAAUAAUACCGGUACCAGUAACAUCAACACUGAUGAUAAUAAUGACUUAAUGAAAAAAACCAAAGAUACAGAUUGUAACAUAAAUAACGAUAGUUUAUAUAUAUUAGGUUCAAAAUACAAAAUGUAUAAGAACCAAGAAAUAUACAAUAACCCUGCUAAUAAUGUUAAUAAUGAUUCCUAUGAUGAGACUAAUGUAAUAAGUAAAAUGUAUGAUUAUCUUGUUUAUUCAUUCCAGCAAACAGAAUACAAUACAGAAGUUUUAGGUGAUAUACAUUCCAGGAUAAACUUCACUUAUAGGACAGAAUUUGAGCCCAUAAAAAAAAUAACUGGCCAAGAAGAUCACCAUGCAUUGGCUGUUUUACUUAGAGGCGGUCCUAUGGUAUUGUAUAACAACAUUUUAGUAAACAACGGAUCUUUUACUACAGAUAUUGGUUGGGGAUGUAUGAUUAGAACAGGCCAAAGCUUGUUGGCUAACGCGUUACAAAUCAUUCAUUUAGGGAGGGAUUAUAGACGUAAUGGUAAUGACGAAAAAAGAAAGAACAAGGAGAAUGAGAUAUUAUCGUGGUUUAAUGAUCGGCUGGAAAACCCAUUUUCAAUUCAAAAUUUUGUUCGUGUUGGAUGGCUACUAUCAAAAAAAAAGCCUGGUGAAUGGUUUAGCCCUAGUGCCACUGCCAGAAGCAUUCACAAACUAAUCUGUGAUUUCCCUAAUUCUGGAAUAGAUUACUGCUUGAUAUCGACGGAUAGUGCUACAAUAUAUGUAGAAGAUAUAGAGUCUUUUUUUAAAAAUCAUCCAGAGACGUACAAUAAUGGCAAUACAAAAACAAUGUUGAUAUUGUGUUGCGUUAGAUUAGGCAUCAAUGAAAUUAAUAAAUGUUAUUGGAAUGAAAUCAAAAGGAUAUUGUCUCUGGAAAAUAUUUCGGUAGGUAUAUCAGGUGGAAGACCAUCUUCUUCCUAUUAUUUUUUUGGGGUUGAAGAAGACUACUUGUUAUAUUUGGACCCACAUAAUCCACAAGAGGCUUGUGUUAACGCUGUUUCGUUUGCGGAAAGCGCACAUGGCGAAAAAUUCAAUAAGAUACAUUUGUCUCAAGUAGAUCCCUCGAUGAUGUUAGGUUUUAUUAUCCAAGGAAAAGAAAGUUGGCAAAUUUUCCAGGAACAAAUGGCUGGAUCAAACCUCGUGCAAAUAACAAGUAGGAAACAUAUAGAAGAUGCAUCUUUUGUAAUUGAGGAAAAUAGUGAGGACACUAGUUUUGUCUGUGAUCAUGAGGAAGAUGCAAGGACCAAAAGUGUAGAAGCAGAGAAUGAUUCAAAUAAAAAAGGUUUACAAACCGACACAAGCUCCUUGGUUGAUGUUAAUACUAGGGUUGCUCAGAAUAACUAUUUUGAAACAUCAGACGAUUAUGUCGAUGUUGGAUUGAUUUUUUCGCUCAAAAAUAAAAAACAACCCAGCAAGAACGGUGAUGAUAUUGAAGAAGAUUUCCAAAAAAUUAAUUGCAAAAACCAAAAGAUUGUUAUAUUAGACGACAACGAUGAAAGUCAAAGUUUUGAUAAUGCAGCGGAAGAAGAAAAUGUUCUAUGCGAACAAGAUACAGUUACUAUAUAUAAGUAA